CCCGAAGUAAAGUUGAGCCGGUAUGGCAGUUUUUAUAUUAAAAAGCAUUUUCAAUCUUUCCAUCUACUGAAUGGAAAUUGAAUUGUCACUUAUGUUCACUUCAUUCACUUGAAGAAGAUUUGUAAUAAAUGGUAAUAAUAGUAACUAAUACACUAAUACUGCCUUGUACGAAGUGUGUAGUACUUAGUAUAAUCAAGUGUAAUUGUGUAAUACCUGUUGAUGUUGACGAUUGCCAUGUCAAUUCACUUAGUUGAAUGACAGUGAAAUCUAUCAAAUCGUGAUUUUGAUACUUACCAGAUCUUCUUCAGGAGAAGAUUCGCUUUAUUGGUCCAGACGUUUAUUUUGUAAAUUUUGUCACAACGGGUGCCGAACAAUCAGCCAUGUCCGUCUCUCAGAUGGAAAAAAAUUUAUUUAAUCUCAAGUUUGCAGUAAAGGAGUUGGAGCGAAACUCAAAAAAGUGUGAGAAAGAAGAAAAAGUUGAGAAGGCCAAAAUAAAAAAGGCCAUUCAAAAAGGUAAUAUGGAAGGUGCCCGUAUUCAUGCAGAAAAUGCAAUUCGUCAAAAGAAUCAAGCAUUAAAUUAUUUACGUAUGAGUGCAAGAGUUGAUGCAGUAGCUAGCAGAGUACAAACUGCUUUGACUACACGUAAAGUCACUCAGUCAAUGGCUGGUGUAGUGAAAGCAAUGGAUGCUGCAAUGAAAUCAAUGAAUUUAGAAAAAAUUUCAGGUCUAAUGGAUAAGUUUGAAAGUCAAUUUGAAGAUCUAGACGUCCAAAGUUCAUACAUGGAAAAUGCAAUGUCUCAAACAACAACUACUAAUGUUCCACAGAAUGAUGUCGAUUCAUUAUUACAACAAGUUGCAGAUGAAGCUGGAUUGGAAUUGAAUAUGGAAUUACCAUCUGAACAAUUAGGUAGUAUAGGCACAGCUACUGUCAGCCAAGAACAGGAUGAACUUACCCAGCGAUUAGCAAGACUUCGUGAAUAAUAAUACAUGGAUAAAAGUCGCUCAUAGCACAGGUAUAUGUAUAACGAGAAAGAUAUUUAAUGCUUGUCCACUAAAAACAGCACCAGCUUAUUAAGACAAGAAAGCUGUCGAAAAUUGUUUCACUGAAGUAAUUAAAGUCUAAGCAACCAUGGCUGACAUGCAUAUUUGCAUACUUUGCAAUGUAUAUGUUAACUAUAAAUCUAUUAAAACAUUCUGCAAAGACUUGAAUCAUAUUGGUAAAUAAAAUAUAUUUUUAAUAUGCUUAGCUUGAGUAUUUCUGUUACUUAAAAAUGUUCAGGUUUUUGUGUAAUAUAAAAGUAUUAUUAAAAUUGCACUAUAAGUAACUUGUACUAUUGUUUGGGAGAAAAAACUGUAAACCUAAACGUGACGAUCUUAUGUUAUAGAAUUUUAUAAAAGUAAAGUAAUAUAUGUAAAGAAGCAAUAUUUGUUGCAAAAAAAAAUCAAAUUUUAUAUCUAUUUGUGAAAAUUACAAUUUAAAUAAAUUGAAAACAGAAAAUAUUGGAAAGAAAGCUUAAAUAAUAAAGCUUUUAUGUGUUAUUCGAUACCUGCAAAAAUAUUGAAAACGUAGAUUUCUAAAAGUUGCAUAGAAUAAUAAUUAUAUUAAUAUCUGCUGUACACGCAUUGAGAUUCAUCAAUAUGUUGUUAAUCAAUUCCUUUUUAAAUUGGCUACCACGUAAUUACCGUAUUUUUAAUCUAAAAUGGGCAUUUCAUGUAUUUAAUUUAGACAAUCUCAGAAUCAAUUCGAAAUUGCAACGAUGCUGUAUAAUAUAAACUUAGAUGUAUAACGUAAAUUUAGAAAGCGCAUACUUCUUAAGUAAUAUUAAUAACAAUUGUAAUUACCUACCAUAAUAUUACAAAAAAUAUAAUUUAAUAUAAAGACAACUUAACAAAAA